UGAAAAGCGGUAUCAACGCCGGCGUGACCGCUCUCAGGUUUCUCUCUUGUCGCAUUAUGUCAAUUUAUUAAUUUCUAUUUCUCUAUGCAUUAACUGGAUAUGGCUUUAAUAAUGGACAUACAACAAAUGUCAAACAAAAGUGAAGCAGAAUUAACUCAAGAAGAGAAAUGGAGGGUAGAACAUAUAAAGAUGCACGAACAACAUCGAGGUCACGAAUCUAUGCACGCAGAAAUGAUGCUUAUAUUAUUGGUGACAUUAGCAGUAGCACAGCUUGUAUUAGUUGAAUGGAAGAAAAGAUACUUUAAAUCAUAUCAGUUUGUGACACUGAUAGGCAUGUGGAUUAUUCCAUUUGGAAUAAGUUUAAAAAAUUACUGGUUGAGAUUUAUAUUUUUGUGGCUUUUAAUUUCAUGUAUAACAUGUUUAGUAGUAAGAAAAGCAACUGAAGAACCAGUAAAAGGUACAACACCAAGGCUAGUGUACAAGUGGUUUUAUUUUAUUUAUAAACUUAGUUAUGCAUUAGGCAUAGUUGGCUACAUCUUAGUGUUAUUUACAUUCUUCGGUGUAAAUCUCAUAUUUGAUGUUAAGCCUCACGUUUGGAUGGACUGGGGCCUCUUGCUUUUAUUUUAUGGUCUUUACUUCGGAGUACUAGGAAGGGAUGUUGCUGAAAUAUGUGCUGACUCGAUGGCAUCACAUAUUGGGUAUUACACCCCAGGCAGUAUGCCAACCAGGUCUCUGGAGCCAAAUGUUUGUGCGGUAUGUGGAAAUAGACUUCUUGUGUCCGAACGCGAGGAAGGUGUGAUUGAAAAUACAUAUAAACUCAACUGUGGACACGUUUUUCAUGAAUUUUGCAUCCGAGGCUGGUGCAUCGUAGGGAAGAAACAAACUUGCCCUUAUUGUAAAGAGAAGGUCGACUUGAAGAAGAUGUUUCGCAAUCCGUGGCAACGGCCCCAUGUUUUAUAUGGCCACUUGCUGGAUUGGUUAAGGUGGCUUGUUGCUUGGCAACCUUUAAUUUUAUUCCUUGUUCAAGGUAUCAAUUGGGCUCUGGGCCUUGAAAUAAAGAACGAGGAGGAGGAUCAGUAUGGGAGAGCGGUCAGCGUGAUAAAUUAGCGAGUGCGCGCUAUAUAUUGUCGUAUAAUUUCUCCGCUAGCACCUGACAGAUAAGUUUCUAUUUCUAAGUUAGAUAAGUUUCUAUUCACGCAUGUACGAAAGCGAGUAUAAGCAAGCAAGCGAUUCAAAAGCGAAAGAGGAGUGAAGGGGUAACUACGCACGAAAGAAAACUCAGUUUGUGGUUCUCUGUCACCUGGAGGGGUCAGACAAAAAAACUCGCAUAUUGGCGUAACGGAAAAAUUGUCCUUUGCAAGAGAGUUUCUACUCGAUCGUUUUUAAUUGUCUCAACCAGACUUUUCAAGCAGCCGAAUAUUUUCAGCCGCGACAACGGGAAUAUCGUUUCUCCUCUCCGGGCCUUCGUCUGGUCCCUGUAUUUGUCAAUCACACGAACUGAGAUUUUCCCGUGCAGGUCUGAGGGGAAGGAUGUGUGAUCUCGUUGGACGCGCGUAGAGUCCAACGUACGCUGUGUGGGCGUAGUGAGAGAUCAAUGACAACAACUUGCCAGUGAUGUUACUAAAAGACUUUAAUUAACCUUUCGUUAUUAUUAUUAUUAUUAUUAAUAUUAUUAUUAUUAUUAUUAUCGAUAGAAAAACAACUUUCAUCACAUCACGUAUCUCCGUAGGUACUCGUCGGAACAUCGGACCUGUCGCGAGAGUAUCGUGUAGCAUCGCGCAUGUAUAUUCAUAUAUGUAUUUACAUAUAUACUCAUUUGUAUACACUUACAGUCUAAAGCUCCCUUUUCGCGAUUUUCGUGGGAUGAAGUUGCGGCGAAAUGCCGUUAACGGGGGAAGGGAGGGGGGGAUGAGCGAUAACAGAGGCGGGGGUGAGAACACACUUAACGGUAGUCCCUUCAACGAGUCCGACAAACAGAGGUUUAACGUUGUUCGAUAUAAAUAUAAAUAUAUAAAUACACACCGUGUAUGUGUGUGUGUGUAUAUUUAUACAUUUAUUGAUUUAUUCACUUGUAUAUGUUUUUGGCUUGGAUGGUUCAGACGCCACGAUACGACGGGAUCGUCGGGAUGGGUCCAGGGGCAGACAUUCACACAAACACGGGGAAAUUUUAUAGAUAUAUUUAUUGAGUACUUAGCGUGUAAGAGUAUAGAAUAUGUUACCUUACUGUUAAAUAUAUCAUUACAUGGUAAUAUAUAUUUAUAUAUAUUUAUAUAUAUAUAUAUCAUGAUGUCUUUAAAAUAAACCUCCCGCGCCGGCACGCGCUCGCGUUCGUGUUCGCGCUCACGCGCGCGCGUGCGUGCGUGCGUGUACGUACGUAUAUAUGUCACGUGUAUGUACGCGUAUGUGUGUGUGCGUGCAUGUGUGUGUGUGUGUGUGUGUGUAUCCAAGAUUAUUUACAUAAUGAUCGCAAUUAAUAUGUACAAGUUCACGAAACGAAAAGAAAAAAAGGUACAGAGACGAACGGGCGAGCGUGUGUGUCGGCCGUGUCGGUGAUCGCCGCGGAGGGGUCCUUCGCGCUUCGGACCCUGGGAGCCGCGCGUUCACCGUCACGCCGAUGCCGAGAGUGAGUGCUAGGUACGGUUCCCCUCAGUCGUCGUUUACGUUUUUCUCUCCAGUAUCAAAUUGACCGUCGUCCUCAUAUGAAAGUAUAAAGGUCUCGCUAUACGAUGUGAGAUGAUUCCUCUUUUCGCGGGCACGGAUGUACGAAACUACUGUCGCUACGGAUAAUUGUAGGUACCCUAAUCAACAACACCAAUGUCGCAUACGAUUGUGGCCUUUUUAACGCUCUCUCUCUCUCUCUAUCUCUCCCUCGAUCUCUCUCUUUCUCUGCCGCGAGCGAUAACGGAGAUUUCUCUCGCGAUAUCGACAAGAUAUCGACCGCGGAUGAUACGGUAAACGCUAGUACACGAGUCGUACGUGCCGUACGGAAUAAUAAGAUGGAUUGAUCGGACGAAAAUCCAUCCAAGAUGAUAAGUCGUCGAUGAGACGCGUUUCUCAUCCCCGCCGAACGUGAGAGUAUUAGCGUUUGCCGUAUUCGCGGUGUUGCAGAGAUACUCCGCGGUAUCUCGCGAUUAUCGGUCGCGGACCCUCGAGCGCCGCUCAAGAAGCGCUCCGGCGUCGCGCGACGGAACGCAAUGUAUCAUUCAUAUCUCGGUCUCGCGUGUAUUGUAUGUACAAAACGGAAAGUAUCACGUGACCGCCGUAAUUGUUCACUGGCGCACAGAAAGAAGCGCGACGAGCGCUUCCGGACCGCAACGGUCCCGCGGCUCGCCUUUACAUAUAAAAUGAACGGGAAAAAAGCGCACGACUUCCUUUCUUUCCCCUCGCAAUAACUAUCGUUAACGCAACUCGCAUAUUUAUAUAUAUAUAUAUAUAUAUAUAUGUAUAUAUAUAUAUUAAUUUUUAUGUAUCUCUCUCUCUCUCUCUCUCUCUUUCUCUCUCUCCCACGCACUCUAUUUCUUUCUCUCUCUCUCUCUCUCUCUCUCUCGCUCGCACUAGUUUCUCACGCAUCCUUCCUCACGCUUUCUUCACUUUUGACAUGUUUAUCGUCUCUCGUUCUACCGCUGCCCUUUAAUGGCGUUCAAGACAUACACGAUAGUUACGAAGUAUUGCUUUUUCUUAAUCGCGUGUAGAUCGCGGCUGCCGACCGCGAUCCGGCAUAACAAUAAUAAAUUUUGCACCUUCCUGCGACGAGCCGCGUCGAGAAUCCUCGGUCUUCGCUUGAGUCCUUCGAUCACCGGAAUGAACGUCAUUUGCGAGAAUUUGGAACUUGCACUCGAGUGAGUAGCGUAUCGGCUUACCGAAAAUUGUUCCCGUCUAUUUUUGGACAUUUGGAACCAAAGGAUUAAGAUUAUAUAGUAGAUAUACACGCGUAUUUUCAUAUGUUUUUAAUGAUUUUUGUCGUAUCGUCGAAUUCAUUAAUUUCAGGACGAUGGAACGUCCAAAUUUUGUAUAUAUUUUCUGUAUAUCUUUUUACUCUUUCUGUGUCAAAAUAAAAGUAUUGCGAACGUUUAUCAUCGCAGUAAUUGGAAGAACAUGGAAGAAUUUGGAGACACCUGGCGAAUAUAAAAAAAAAUGUACAUGCGAAAUCGCGACCUCGGAGCGACAGAAUUGAUCUGCGUGAUAUUUUCUAUUAAACAUUCGUGUGGAUUAAUCUUCAAUAAUUAACCGGGCGAUAAUCAAAGUCGGCGAGGAUGAUUGCGAGUGUAUAAUUAAAUUCAAAUAUAUUCGCAUUUCGUUCGCGGUUCAGAAGUUACUUUGUGAAAUUUUCGUUUCGUUAUUUCCGGUAUUCCCGCUCGGAUUCGGUUAAACGAGUUUUUUUCGUUUCCAGAACACGCCCCUCUCGUGAGACACGGGACGCAAAAAGUACCGGGGAAACCGGCGGGCGGAGGCUCUCUCUCGCGGCUCUUGGAAGGAAACAUGCGCUAAGCGUAAAGUUAACUCGAGUACAGGACUUUUUAACGUCGUAUCGUUUUUUUCUGUUUUCUUUUUCUCUCUCCCGUUUUUACGUAUCGUUUUGCAAGUAGACGAGUACACAUAGAAAACCGCUCGCGGCGUUCGCCCGGCUCCCAUCCGGCCGUCGGCGAACGUCGCCGCAUGCUGAGCGUUUCUCUACGAGCUACAAUAAUGCGCGUGUCGGGUAACGGCGUGUUGUUAAUGGACAACUCAGUAACAAGCGCUACGGGACUUUGUUCCCCUUCGUGUCCCUCGCGGAAGCACGAAGAGAUCGUCGAGAACGCAAUAUCGACGGGGGUCACCCGAGGCGGCGUACGGCGUACAUCAACGGGAAGGGAGUCCCGUCGCGUUUACUCGAGUUUGAUUAAUUUAGAAAUUAAUCUCGCAUUCGCUUCGAACCGUCGAAAGUGGCGGACUUUGUCAACCGUGACGUGAGAUUUUGCGAUCCUUCCAUUUCCCCCCACGGGAAUGAUAUACGCGAGUUCGCCGAGUUGAUAGGAAAUAAUUAGCGAGUUAAAAAGUGCGCACCUCUUUGAUCGUGGCGCGGCUCGGAUCGUUUGUCAAUUUCGUAGCCUAAUUUGAAUUGUUCGUGCUGAAUGUGAAAUAUCGUUUAACUCUCCGCGUUGGUAACAAAGGCUUGAUGUGAACUGACCCGACGUGCAUACAAAGUCGAGCCUGAGACUUCAGCGAUUACCCACGUAUAGGCUACGUUUACAAGCUCACUCGUUCCGUUUCGGAAUAGGGAGGAAAGCAGUAAUAAUUCACGCAUGCCUUUUUAUCGGCGGUUUGACAUACGGAAUGAAUCACAGAUCGAUAUGUCACGUCCAACCUCGGGCUGCCCACCGGAAAAGGUGCGUUUGACGCGCGAAAUCGUUUCUUUCCGUCGAAAGUAAACGGAGUACUUAGCGAAAUGAUAUAGAAAUUGUAGCGGCGCGUGUCGAUGGAGCGUUAAGACGCAAAGUAGACGUACGGAUUCUUACUGGCGCGCGUCACUCGUGAUUUUAAUUCUCGAUCAUCCGGUAAAAUGCAUAAAUUAUCGAUUCGUUUUAAUUUACGUAUAUAGUUUGCACCUUUCUUCCUUCAUUCUUCCUCUGCUUUCCGUUCUCUUUUUUGUUUUUUUUAAAUCACGGUAACGUGUGCGCGAAACGAGCCUCAAAACUGAGUCGCUAAUAAUAAACUCACGUUCGCGUGUGUGACCCGGCUUUAGGAACCGACGGAAUAAAAAAUGCGGCGACGGGCGUACUCGAGAGUUAAGCGUAAAGAUUGAUGGCGCUCUGCCGCUAAAAUUCUUUAUGAUCUCGCGGUAGAAAAGAUUCUUCAUGCGAGGGGUGUGAAGACUACUUUCGCGGGACAGUGUGGCGUGUGUCGGCUAUACACAACAGAUAUGUACAGCGAUGUUACUUGUAAGGUUCACUAGCACACUCCCUUAACCGUUCGCUAAACCCCCACGUUAACUCGUCAACUAGUACGUACGUUUGUAGUUAUGAUUAUGUAUUUUUUUUAUUUUUACUUUUACCAUACGCCUACGUGGAACACAACGUGGUGGAGCUGCGUGGGCUCGCACGUUGGCUCACCGUACCCCUAUAUAAUUAUGCGUUAUAUCCGUAUUUUUUUGCGUUCUUUACUUUCUAUGUCAGUUACUUCAUCCGACCCGAACCACAAACUUCGAUCUACGCUUUUUACGUUUUUUUUUCUUCUUUAUUUACCCAAUAUUGAUAAACACCGACGAGUUCAGCUAUAUCUGUUACAGAGAGGAGGGGUCAAAGUUGUGCCCUGUGAAAAAUAGGUGGAUUGAAACGAAUCUAAAGAAAUUUGUUCGAGCGGCGAGAUGCGAAAUGUAGCCGAGAUAUAUCUUCGGAAUCGAGCGGUCGGACUUUCCCUUAAGAAAUCUUUGGAUUUCCAACGUAACGGUGCUACUCGAUGUUGCAACCAGAUAUCGAAACUAAUACACAGGUGGGACGCGAAGAAUGUGUUUUGUAAUGUGUUUUGUAAAUCCAAGUAAGAAAUUUAAUUUAAGGAAAACUCCAUGGUCUUUGCGGAAUUCAGAAAUGAAACAAUACGAUUGGGAAGAAAUAAGAAACAAGUUCCCACCACCAUGUUGAAAAGCCCUAACUUCGAAGAUUAGUAAUUUAUGACUCGACGAGACGAACCUCCGUGCCAAUUCUUAUCAAUUCGCCUAUUUUUUACUGGGAGCUCUCUUCGGUGGAACGCGGGGGGUGAGGUUUCCUCACGGGGCGAUCCCACAUACACGGUUACAUAGGACUUCUUCGACGACACAAUUCAAAAAAUAAUUUUUCAUUUUUAGUAGAAAGAUAGGCGGGGCAUUUUUUUCGUACAAUGGUAAAUAUUAUCG